AACUAAUAGAUCCUCGAGACUUCUUCUUCUUGUACACCAAUACUAGACCACAAACCCACAAGAUUCACUCAAUUUAAUACUAAUCACAUCAAUCAAUCGAUUUGAUUACGUUACUGUGAUGGCCUUAGCUAAAGAGUUAAUGGGUUAUCCUCUGAUCUCAGAAAGGUCAUCACUUGUUUCGUCUGCGUCACAUUUCAACAAGAAGAGACAGACAAUACAAUUCCCGACCAAGCCUUUUGAUCGGAGACCAAGAAAAUCCAAAUCCGGCGUCGUUGCGGCCAUAAGCGAUGAUUUGGUAAAAACGCUGCGUUUUACCACAACAACCGGAGACAGAAAGAGAGAGGAGGAGGAGAAAGCGGCGGUGAAAUUCAAGGUGAGAGCUGUGGUUACGGUGAGGAACAAGAGCAAGGAGGAUUUCAAAGAGACUCUUGCUAAACAUUUGGAUGCUUUUGCUGAUAAGAUCGGUCGAAACAUCGUCCUUGAGCUUAUUAGCACCGAGCUUGAUCCAAAAACGAAUAUGCCGAAGAAGAGCAAUGCGGCGGUUUUGAAGGAUUGGUCAAAGAAAUCGAAAACGAAGGCGGAGAGAGUUCAUUACACGGCGGAGUUCACGGUGGACGCAGCGUUUGGCUCGCCGGGAGCAAUCACCGUGGUGAAUAAACACCAGAAAGAGUUUUUCCUGGAGAGCAUAACCAUCGAAGGUUUCGCACUUGGCCCUGUUCACUUUCCAUGCAAUUCUUGGGUUCAGUCCCAAAAGGAUCACCCGGAGAAACGAAUCUUCUUUACUAAUCAGCCGUAUCUGCCGAAUGAGACACCUGGUGGAUUAAGAAAACUGAGGGAGAAAGAGUUGAAGAGUCUAAGAGGAGAUGGGAGUGGAGUGAGGAAAUUAUCAGACAGGAUUUAUGACUUUGAUGUCUACAACGAUCUUGGAAAUCCCGACAAGUCAUCUGAACUCUCUCGCCCGAAACUCGGCGGCAAACAGAUUCCUUAUCCUCGACGAUGUCGUACCGGCCGCCAUUCAACUGAUACUGAUAAAGAAGCGGAGAGCCGAGUGGAGAAGCCAUUACCCAUGUACGUGCCACGAGAUGAGCAGUUCGAAGAGACGAAGCAGGACACUUUCGCUGCAGGAAGGUUAAAAGCGGUCUUACACCAUCUAGUUCCGUCGCUUAAAGCCAGCAUUUUAGCUGAGGACUUUGCUGACUUCGGUGAGAUCGAUGGACUUUAUAAAGAAGGCUUGCUACUCAAGUUAGGGUUUCAAGAUGAAAUCUUUAACAAGUUCCCUUUGCCUAAGGUCAUCGUUAAUACCCUCCAAGAAUCUACUAAAGGACUCCUUAAAUACGACAUUCCCAAAAUAUUAUCGAAGGAUAAAAACGCCUGGCUAAGAGAUGACGAGUUCGCACGUCAAGCCAUAGCAGGAAUCAAUCCGGUCAACAUUGAGAGGGUCAAAACCUUCCCACCGGUCAGUAAUCUUGACCCUGAAAUCUAUGGUCCACAGCACUCCGCUCUCACUUCCGACCACAUCAUCGGACAUCUCGACGGCUUGUCCGUACAGCAAGCAUUGGAAGAGAAUAGAUUGUAUAUGUUGGACUACCAUGACAUAUACUUACCGUUCCUAGACCGGAUCAAUGCUCUAGAUGGACGCAAAGCUUAUGCUACUCGUACCAUAUUUUUCUUGACUCGUCAUGGAACACUUAAGCCUGUAGCCAUCGAGCUAAGCCUCCCUCCACAUAGUCCGAACCAUCGAUCCAAACGCGUGGUCACACCUCCGGUCGAUGCAACCUCCAAUUGGGUGUGGCAGCUCGCUAAAGCCCACGUUAGCUCUAACGAUGCUGGAGUCCACCAACUUGUUAAUCACUGGUUACGAACACAUGCGUGCUUGGAGCCGUUCAUAUUAGCCGCGCAUAGGCAAUUGAGCGCAAUGCAUCCGAUAUUCAAGCUAUUGGAUCCGCACAUGAGGUACACGUUGGAAAUCAAUGCACUGGCUAGACAGUCGUUGAUCAGUGCAGACGGUGUGAUUGAAGGUGGCUUCACUGCUGGCUCAUACGGCAUGGAAAUGAGCGCCGCCGCUUACAAAAGCACCUGGCGGUUCGACAUGGAAGGCCUCCCUGCCGAUCUCAUUCGCAGAGGAGUGGCAAUUCCUGACCCAACACAGCCACAUGGGCUUAAACUCCUAAUCGAAGACUAUCCAUACGCCAACGACGGCCUUUUACUAUGGUCCGCAAUCCAAACCUGGGUCCGAACCUACGUGGAUCGCUACUACCCGAACCCGAACCUAAUCCAAACAGACUCGGAGCUCCAAUCAUGGUACUCUGAAUCAAUCAACGUUGGCCACGCCGAUCUCCGUGACGCCGAGUGGUGGCCGGAGUUAAACACCGCCGAAGACCUCGUCUCGAUCAUCACCACCAUAAUCUGGCUCGCCUCUGCUCAACACGCCGCUCUCAAUUUCGGCCAAUAUCCUUACGGCGGUUACGUUCCGAACCGACCGCCGUUGAUGCGGCGGUUGAUCCCCGACGAGUCGGAUCCGGAGUACGCGAGUUUUAUAUCCGACCCGGAGAAGUUUUAUUUCUCGUCGAUGCCGAGUUUGUUGCAGACGUCGAAGUUUAUGGCGGUGGUCGAUACUUUAUCGACGCAUUCGCCGGAUGAAGAGUAUAUUGGGGAGAGACAACAGCCGUCGAUUUGGACCGGAGAUGAGGAGAUAGUUGAUGCGUUUUAUGGAUUUGCGGCGGAGAUCGGACGGAUAGAAAAAGAGAUUGAGAAAAGGAACACUGAUCCUGACCGUAGAAAUAGGUGUGGGGCCGGUGUGUUGCCAUAUGAGUUGUUGGUUCCGAGUUCUGAACCUGGGGUCACGUGUAGAGGUGUGCCUAAUAGUGUAUCUAUAUAAAAACGAAAUUCUAAAAAUGAGGAUAUUAUAGAUGUAGAAGUCGCUAUAUAUAUAUCCUCAAAUUUUGAAGAAU